AUGGUUAAUAUGCCAGAGGCUUGUGCUGCCACCCAGAGCAACCUCAACAAGCUGGAGAAAUGGGCUGACAGGAAUCUCAUGAAUUUAAACAAGGUGAAGCACAAAGUCCUGUACCUGUUGAUAUGCACUUUAAAGUUUUCACUAUAUCCAGAAACAAAAAUGCUGAGGUGUUUAGAAACUACAGCCAGAAAACGUGACAAAAUUCUUCAAUGCAUUCGACAAGUUGUCAUUCCCAAUUGGCCGUCUAUAAGAAAUAACAUACUGGAGGUGUCUAAUCAUCUAUUUUCUUCAUUUGAACAAGAUUUUUUUGAUGCUCUUUAUUGGACAGCUACAGAACCUAAGGAAAGAAAAAGAGCUCACAUGGGUGUGAUUCCUCACGUCUUCACGGCAGUGCUGUAUGUCUUCCUGCAUGCUAUUCUUAUAAUGGUUCAAGCAACAACCCUUAAUGUGGCCUUCAACUCCCACAAUAAAUCACUGCUUACCAUCAUGAUGUCCAAUAAUUUCGUUGAAAUAAAAGGAAGUGUUUUCAAGAAGUUUGAGAAGAACAACCUUUUUCAGAUGUCAAAUAGUGAAAUAAAGGAGAGGUUCACCAAUUAUGUGCUGCUGUUAAUUGUGUGUCUAAGAAAUAUGGAACAGUUCUCAUGGAAUCCAGAUCAUCUUUGGGUGUUAUUCCCAGAUGUUUGCAUGGUGAUUGCUUCAGAAAUUGCAGUGGAUAUUGUGAAACAUGCCUUUAUAACAGAGUUCAAUGACAUCACAGCUGAUGUCUACAGUGAAUACAGAGCCAGCCUUGCAUUUGGCCUUGUUAGCAGUCGACAGAAAAAUGCAUAUACAGAUUAUAGUGAUUCGGUUUCCAGAAGGAUGGGUUUUAUUCCUCUUUUGGGUAAACCAAAAACCCCCCAGAAAAAAAAAAACAAACAAAAACCA